AUGUGGGGUUUGUUGCGCACGCAGCGCAGCCCCCGUGUGCAGGGCCAGGAGGGCAACAGUGUGAGAGACGGCCACAGCCGCCCCAGUGGUGUUGACGAGGCGUGCUACAUCCAGCUGCCGAGAGUCGACGAGGGCGACGCUGCCGAACAGCAGGCCAUCCACCACACCCAGACAGACCAUCCCAAGGUCACCCUGCAAUGCCCUUGUGGCACAGUGACCAUCGGCUGCCUCUGACGAGUGGUGUCUGUGUGCGUCUGUCCACUGCAGAUGGCGUCGGCCUCGAGUGAGCACAUUCCUCUGCUGCUGGACGAUGGCCAAGGGCUGAUGGAGCCCCAGCUGCCCGACGUCACCGAUGACAUCACCAAGGCACCGAGACGCUUCGAGCAGGUGUGUUGGUGUCACUCGACUCUGAGGCCUCUCGGACGUCUGUGUGUCGUCUGCAGGUCCCCGUGGUGGGUGCCCCGGCCGCCGACGAUUGGGAACCGACAGACGCACUGAGAGGCAGCAUCAAAGAGUCCAUCGAUGACUCAGAUGUGGAGGGCCUGCGGAAAGUCCUCGGCGGUCUGUCGCCUGAGCAAACCGAGAAAGCGCUGACGACUGGAUGGGAUCUGGGUUUGCAGACAACUGAUCAACAGGCCUGGCCAUUACCAUUCAUCAAUUACGCCGUAUGUACGCCUCUUCGCACACACACGGUGAUGCACCUACGCGGCCCCUGUGUGUGCUUCUCAGAGGAGUGUAAGGAUGUGGCGGUGUUUGAGGUGCUGCUGGACAACCGACGCCACCUGCUCAACCUGAAAGAUGAGGUAUCGUGCUCGACAGCUACACUCAUUCUGCCCACCAGCUGACCGGUGUCUUCACUGCAAUCUUCAUGCUGUGUCUGUAGGGUGGCGGGACGCCUCUUCAUUGGGCAGCAGGAGAAGGGUCAGUUGGUGUUGUGGAGAAGUUUGUCGAGUGGGGCGGAAAGGAACUGCUGGAAACAACGGACGACGUAAGGACGAGGGAAUCUCGACUGGUGGGGGGGGGAAACUGUCAUUAACCGUAACACUCGUCUGUGUGUCCGUGAUACUCAUACAAAUACAGUCCCAUCAGCACGCAGACUCAAACAGGCUCAAGGGGAGGAGGGAUCAAUCCCCGCUCCAUCAAGACACCCCAGUCCCGCAAACCCUCCCCUCCCUCCCCCACGCAGACAGAAGCUAGUCGCACGCGCGAGGGCGAGACACAGUUAGUGCAGAGGCGCUUGUAAUUCCGGCAGUCACAUCGUCGGCUGCAUGUGGACAGCGCAGACGUCCCUUUCUCGUUGCAUGCGCAACAGGGGGGCCCGCCGCCGACUGGCGGCGGAAUAAAUCUCGACUGGUACAUUGAACAAUGUCUCUUCUUUAUGCUGUGGAUGUAGAAGGAUGGCGAGACGCCUCUUCAUUUUGCAGCAAGUCAGUCCCUCCUGUAAAUGGCAACCACAAGUACAUAAGUCUUCAACAUGUCUCUUGGCGCUCUCCUGCAGCAAAGGGCCGUGUCGAUGUGGUGGAGUGGAUGUUGAGGGUGGACCCACAGCUCCUGAAGAUCAAAGAAAAUGUAGGCUGCACUGCAUUCAUCGACCUGCGUGUCGAUAUUGUCCCUGCUCAUGAUUCUGACAGAAUGGAUUUGCGCCUCUGGAUUUUGCCCUUGGCAUGAAACCGUCAGUCGUCGUAGCGAUGGUUGUCAUGGCUGACGACGUGGCCAUGAUGCUGCUCGAGCGAGGCGCGAUAAUGGAAGGUGUUGAUGCUCAGGGCUUUAAGGACGUGGUGCCCUUCACGAAGGGGUUCCUGAAGGACCGCUCUGAGUCGGUUGGCCUCGAUAGCCUUCGCUGCUGUGCCUUCUUCCGCAAACUGAUGCAGAGACGACAGCGGGACUCCCUCACAGAGUAUGACUGAAGAGAACGAGAGCAACACAAUGCGAACGUCUGCAUGUCUGUGUGAGUACCUGCAGUGACCUCGGGACCAUUGCGGACUGGCAGGAAGUAAUCAGGAAGGAACACACGCAGCGUCUUUACGUCCUGCAAUGACGGAUUGGUUUAGGCUCUCACAGCCAACUUCUGCAGCGAUACCAGCGAAGAUGAGUUGUGA